GCGGGGUUUAGUCCGCCAAAUGGUUUAGUCUGCAUUCGAUCGCGACGUUACUCGGUUGGUAGUCUCCCGCGCACAGGCGCUUCGUGCAGGAAAGGAAAGUUGCCUCGUGCAAAUGUGAGGAAAAUUUCGCGCUCGCGACGUGCGAUGCUCUGGAAUGGUGCUUCCGGUUUGUGAAGAAUUUAACGGAAAACAAAUUGUGAAGAUUUCUUUCGCUGAUAUGGUUUGACCUAUCGGGUGCUAUCUAUGUUGUACAAAUAAGUGUGCCAAAGUAGUGUUAUUUGGAUAUUGAGUUUCAAUUGGAAAAAUUCUAAGAAAAUAGUGCCAACAAUGAAGUUCAAACUUCACGUGCUGUUUCUUGCCGUGUGCAUCGGUUCGACGGUUCGAGCCGACUAUCCGUCGUUCAAGCCGAUGCUCGCCAAGUCCCCGCUGGUGGGCUACUCUGCCCCCGGAUGGCCACCGAAGCUGGGCUCCUCGGGAGCCUCUCCCGCUUCCGCUGCCCUGGCCGCGGCCGCCCUCAAGCAGUACAUGGUUCAGCUGCGCAGCGGAACCCGUUUGUCCCCGGUGGCAGUGCGUCCCUCGCCGGCAAUGCUCAUGAGCCUGAAACGACCGGUGAAGUCGGUGUACUCACCCACGUACUCGUUCCUGAAGCAACCCAUGAUCAAGAGACCGAUACUGAGUGCCUCAGCCCAUUCACCGUUCGUGCUGAACUUGAACUUGAAGCCCAAGUUCCAGAGUUCGCCACCGGGGCCCAAAACGGGCGAGAUCGUUUAUGAAAAGUUGAAGCCGUUGGUGUCCCAAUCCCGAUUACCUUCGUCGCCCAAGGACGGCGCGAUUCACACCAUUCCGGCGCCAAAUUUGGCCAACGUAAAAGCGUCCUCGAAGCCUGCCGUCCAUCAGCUGCAGAUCUCGACAUUCGACGAUAACAACCACCUGUCCAGCACGUUCGCCACGCAGCCAACGUUUGCAUCGUACUCGACGCCUCAGCCGGUUCAGUUCCAUCGGCCGCCUUAUCCGCCAGCGGCGCCACCAACUCACUAUCAGGUGACCGAGGAACAUAGCAACGAUGUCACGUUGAAGAAUCCGUACUCCGGAAUGAAGACCUACUUCGCACCCGAUCCCGAUCCGUCCCUUCCGAGCAAAACCCUAAUGCCCACGUCCGAUCCGUUGAGCGAACCCAGCAACGGCAGAUAUCCGCCUAAUGAUCUGCUCCUGCAAGCCCAAACCCAACAGGCCCAGAACCAUCACUACCUGACCCCGUCCUCCCAAACCCCGAAACCUUUCUACGAUGUCAACGCGGCACCUCAGGGCUAUGCCAUCCCGUUGGCCAGCCAACCACAGCUGCAACAGCACAUCCUCCAGCAAACGUCGAUGUUGCAAGGAAUGCCACUCUCGCUCUAUAAUCCAACCUAUCUCGUGACCCAGUCCAAUAACCUGUACAACAACCAUCAACACCAGCUGCAGUCGAACCUGUUCAAGCCGGAGUCCAACUUCUUGGGAGCGGUUCAGAGUCCACAGGUAGCGCAACCACCCAACAAUGUCCUGUACAAUUCCUACUCUUAUAAGCACGCCGAACCAGCGGCCGCCAGCCAAGGUCAGAUCCUGGCCGCUACCCAGGACCAACUCCAGGAACUCCAAUCAGCCGUCAGUCAGAUCCAGCUGAACGACCUGCAACAACAACAUUCCCACGAAACGCCCACCUACGCUCAACUCGUUGGCCACGAACAGUUGGCACUUCAUCAACAACAAAUCCCACAGCUAAACCAGCUUGAGCAACAACUUCAACAACAACUUAUCCAACAACACGAGAAAGCCAACCAACAUCAACUCACGGAAGGCGAAAUCGCGAACCUGCUAAACUUUGGCACCAUCAAUCUGCACGAUCAGCUAUCUCCCAACGAUUACUACCACUACCAAAUCGACCAAGAACAACAGCAGCAGCAGCAGCAGAACCAGCAAUACCACCAACAACAGCAGCAAUCCUUUUACGAACUAUCCGAACGGCAGAAGGAAAACGACAGGAUCCUAGCGCAAGCCCAGCAAGAUCUCUACCAACAGCAGCACCAACAACCCUACCAAUACAACACGGAAACUCCGCAACCGCAACAAUCGACGGCAUCCUCCGAGGAGUACCUGUACGCGUACCAGCAGCACCAGCAAGCCGUAGCCAACGCGCUGGCUCACGGCAACGGGGACAACCAAAACAGCAAACGAGACACCACCGAUCCGGCCGAGUCAACCCCGGAAAGCCCCCUGCGGAUAUUCGUGCCGGACACCGAGAGCGAAUACCCGAACAGCGUCACAGCCCAGCGGCGCAUGGAUGAGCUGAACUACGAUUACGCCGACGACGAGGAGGCGGCACAGCAGUACAACACGGAACCGAGCACGUCGGCCGAACAGUACGGCAACAUCAACCGAGCGGACGUUGACGUCGAGAGUGACGAGCAGGGUGAGGGCGAGGAGCAGCAGCAGGAAUCGACGGUAGACGAUCCGACGGACGCGGAGGACCUGUAUCGGCAGUAUAGCAAUCAUCGUUUGAAUUAAACGAUCGAUGAGAAGAGUGUGAAGCGGACAAGCUGGGGAGGCGAUCGGGGGUAUCUGGGCAAGUUGAAAUUCAAAACAACUGCGGAGUCAUUUGCCGACAUUUUAAGAUGCCGGCUGACUCUAGUUUUGUUCUGCCGAACAUUAACAUCAAAACUGAGCAGGCAUAUCGAUGCCUCUGUGCUCUUUUAUGCGAACUACGCUCAACCCUCGGUGGUUGGGCACUUUUUAGUUUGACACUUUUUAGUUUGUACCCCGUUGGUACAAACUCAAACUCAGCCAAACUAAAAAGUGACUAUAACUGUCACUUUUUACACGGCACUCACGCACCCUAUCAAAUCAAAAGUUUGGUAGUGUGUGUGUGAACUCCGUACAAAAGAGCACAGAGGCAUCGAUAUUUCGAGGAUCAUCCCGCUCCGAAAAUGUCCCAAAACAAUCAUAGGAUUUAUCUUUGCCUCGACUGGUUCUUUCAACUUGGGUGCGUCUAGUGUGAUCUUGAUAAAUUACAGGAAAAUCGUGAGAAUCGCAGCGUUCGAUUUGAGCAGAAUGAUGAAUGAUUUUAGAGAUUGAGACUCUGCGGGUUACUCCAGAACUCUAUACUCCAAAUACCUGGCCAAUAAUUAUAUUUAUUAAUCGUUCCGGCAGCGAUGAUUACUGCUGCCUUUAUUUAUUACUUUAUGUAGCUUUAAGUUAUGAUUUUUAAUGUAAAUUAUUCUAUUUAUUUUCAAAUAAAAACAAAUUUAUGUUUCACAAACUUA